ACAACAUCAUGUGACUCCAUCACGGGAAAGUUGAAGUCACAUGAGUUGUGGGUCUUCUUAAACACUUCACUGGUCGGUUUGGGUUCACUUGUUUGUUCCCACACCUGGAAAGAUGCAUCUCGUGUUGGUGUGUUUGCUGCUGGGGGUCCUGGAGGUUUCUGGAGCUCCAGAUGCAGAUGAAAUCAAAUAUCUGCCUGGACUUUCCAAACAGCCCAGCUUCAAGCAUUAUUCUGGAUACUUCAGUGUAGCGGACAACAAGCACCUCCACUACUGGUUUGUUGAAUCUCAGAAAGAUCCGGCCAAUAGUCCGGUUGUUCUGUGGCUUAACGGAGGACCAGGAUGCAGUUCCAUGGAUGGUUUGCUCACAGAGCACGGACCUUUUCUGAUACAAGAUGAUGGAGCUACUCUAGAAUAUAAUCCUUAUUCUUGGAACAAGAUUGCAAAUGUCUUAUACCUGGAGUCACCAGCAGGUGUCGGCUUCUCCUACUCUGAUGACAAGAAGUACUCAACAAAUGACACUGAGGUGGCCAUGAACAACUACUUGGCCCUGAAAGCGUUUUUCCAGUUGUUUCCUGAGUUCAGCAAGAAUGAGUUUUUCCUGACUGGCGAGAGUUACGGGGGCAUUUACAUUCCCACACUGGCGGAGAUCGUCAUGGAGGACAGCAGCAUCAAUUUAAAGGGAAUUGCGGUUGGAAAUGGCUUGUCCAGCUAUGAGCUAAAUGACAAUUCAUUGGUGUAUUUUGCAUACUAUCAUGGGCUUCUUGGUACCAGCUUGUGGAAUGACCUGCAGAACUUUUGCUGCAAAGAUGGAGUGUGUAACUUCUACAAUAGCCAGGAUGUGAUCUGCUCGUCUUCUGUAAAUACAGUUCAAAGCAUUGUCUACGAGUCAGGGCUCAACAUCUAUAACCUGUAUGCAACCUGUCCCGGAGGUGUUCCUGGGAGACUAAGCUUUGAAAAUGACCAAUUUGUGAUCCGAGACUUGGGCCACCACUUCCUCAACCAUCAAUGGUCCAAAUUACAGAACCAGAAACUGCGAGCUGUGGCCACCCAGUUUAAAUCUACGCGUCUCGAUCCUCCGUGCACCAACUCGACCCCGUCAACCCUGUACCUGAACAACCCGCUCGUGAAGACUGCCCUCCACAUCUCGCCCAAUGCUUUGGACUGGGUCAUCUGCAGUGCUGAAGUCAAUCUGAACUACAACCGCCUGUUCAUGGACGUGAAGAAACAGUACUUGAAGCUUCUUGGAGCACUAAAAUACCGUGUGCUGGUUUAUAAUGGAGAUGUGGACAUGGCCUGCAACUUCCUAGGAGACGAGUGGUUUGUGGAGUCUCUCCAGCAAGAGGUCCAGGUGCAGCGCAGAUCUUGGGUUUAUUUCAACGGUGAAUCUCAGCAGGUGGGCGGCUUCGUCAAGGAGUUCACCAACAUUGCUUUCCUCACAGUGAAGGGUUCGGGUCACAUGGUUCCCACUGAUAAACCCAUAGCGGCCUUCACAAUGUUCAGUCGCUUCAUCACCAAACAACCUUACUAGAACACACUCACGGAUUUCACUCUUUAAAUCUGAAUUUGCACUGUCACACUGGUCACAUGUUUAUGAUCUAUGGACUGUUUCUGGGACCGUACUCUGAUAUUCAACUUCAGAACUGAUGAAAUUUUCUACUUUAUAUUUUGUUUUAUGUAGUUUAGUUGCCAGCCUUGUUAUCAAGAUUAAGCCAUGCUGACUGCACAUAAUGUUUCGUAGUAGGCGUUUGAGGGAAUCACGAUGUGAAUGCAUCUAUAUGCCACUAUUGAUAAUGUGUGAUUAUGGUUGAUUUAUUUUAAUUAGUGUUUACAAAUUUAAAUUCAAUCCGAUGUUUAUCUUUGGUGAGUGGAUGCUCACUGUUUAUUGCACAAUUUUAGCUUGUCUUCUCCAUUAAACAUGAAACUAGCCUUUUUUUUUUUUAAAGAAUUCAUUGCACAUAAUGUCUUUUUAGGUCCUGAUUAUAUAAAUGAUUAUUUGUGGUACUUUUUGUGCUCAUAAGGGAAUAAUAUGUGUGCCUUAUUUCUUCUUUCCCUCAGUUUUUGUUCAUUAAAGAUCCAUUUUUCUA